CUGCCACCGCCUCUCUCCCGCAGGCUCCUGGAAGUGCAGAAUGACUCUCCUUAAUGGCGUGUACCCCUUCUACCUGCUGCAGAGAAAAGCCUCCAUGUUUGAUGUCAGCACCAUCAUAGUGAUCGUGGUCUUCCUAACAUUUGCUUGCAGCUUCCUGCUCAUUAUCCCAGGCAUCCGCGGACGGGUGAGGCUGUACUGGACUCUCCGGGUUCUCUUCAGCCUCAUCAUGGGAGUGGUAAUCGUCACUGUGCAGUUCACGGGAGACUGGGAGACCGGCUGGGUGAGGGCAAACACCUCCUACAAGUCCUUCAGCCCAGCGCUGGUGAGCGCGGACAUCGGGCUGGGCAUUGGCCUGGUGGGGGUGAACAUCUCUCUCAGGGGAAACCCAGUGAAACAGGUCAAUGAGACCAUCAACUACAAUGAGCACUUUCCCUGGAGCUUCAAUGCAGACUAUGACCAGAGCUACAGCCAAGGACUGGAGAGGGGGCUGCCCAGACCCAUCCUCUAUGUGGCGGAGAAGUUCACUACACGAAGCCCCUGCAGCAUGCAGAGGCAGUACCGCAUCUCCAGCCACUACGCAUCGGCCACUCUCUGGGUGGCCUUUUGCACUUGGCUCAUCUCCAACAUGCUCUUUUCUAUGCCUGUCCUAGUCUAUGGAGGCUACAUGCUCCUCGUUACAGGGGCCUUCAUGAUCUUUUCGCUGCUGUCAUUCUCCACUGUGGGAAACUCCACGAUGUGCCUGAUCCAGUUUGGAGCUGCAACCCUGCACACAGGCUAUGGAGGAUCCUUCUGGAUCACGCUGGUGAUUGGCUUGCUCUGUUUUGUGGCUGGGAUCAGUGUUGUCACACUGCACUACUGCAACUUGGACCUCCUGAAAACUUUCUUUGAUCUCCAUGAGGACAAAGCAGAAGAGUUCCAAGAGAUGACUGAAGCAUAGAUCAACUUUCAUUUUGUGAACUGGGGACUAUCUCCUUCUCAGCCCUCCAAACUCAACCCUAACAUCACCUAGAAGAACAUUUUUUCACUCAUUCCCUGAAGUGGACCUGAAAGGGCAGAGCACAAACACUUCUUGAUGUCCCCAGAGACCCAUUUUUCCAUCCAACUGCCUUUGAAGAGUGCAUGGAUCUGUGUUGGGAUGGGUACUUGCUAAGAAGUGCCUUUGCAGACUGUGACUCCCUGACCAUGCCCUCUGGAAAGGGCAGGCUUUGCAGGGAGCCAGCAGGCUGCCGUUGGAGCAGCUCCCAGCUCCGGUGGCUCGAGCUGCACACUCGUCUGGGGAUCUCUGUUCUAACAGAAAUGCCCUUCCUGGUCCAUCCCUGGCACACCUUUGUGCAGUGAUGCUCUGAUAGGCAGUUCUCACCCCAGAAACUGAGCUCACUGGUGCUUACGGGGAGCACCUGCAAUUCAAAAAGCUGGUGAUUAAAUCCUCUCAUUUCUUUCCCAAGCACUGACACUUAGUGUAGACCUUCAGGCCUACCCAGGAAGGCCAGGCAAAGACCUAAAGGCCAUAAGGCUGGAUGCUGCAUGAGCUAGAAUAAAACAAACGCUCCAGAAGUAAAGACUGAGUGAACAUGCCAUGGAGUUUGCCCAUGAGGAAUGAGGUGAUGUGGUUAUUUUCACUUUCCAACUUGGGCUUUCUUAGGUAACACUUGUAGUCUAGUGUGGGCCAAAAAGAUGCGACAGGAAAGGAAGGAGACGGAAGAAUGACACUGCCCCUGUGCAACUGGAGCACACUUGAGCCGGCUGGGCUCACCACAAAAUGUAAGACAAGGCCAGGAGUCAAAUCAAGGGGAGAAAUGAAGUGCAUCAAGGUGCUUUAUUAGAAACAGAAGAUGGGGUCCUAACCCACCUGCCUGAUGAAGUCUCCAUGGCUGGUACAAAGAUCUCCAUAUCUGAAUGCUGGAGACCUGGGCCACUUCAGUCCAAUUAAUUGUAAAGGACCUAAUUGCAGUACUUUGACUCUUUUCUUUCUGAGAAAAGACCAUCACUGUUAAGUUACUUAUUUCUUUCACGCGCCAUUUGUGUUGCACUAAUGUGAUUUCUUAUGGGCAUGAGUUAUUAUUUUCAAUUAAACUUCAUUAAAAACCCA